AUGCGGUCAAUUACUUGUCAAGGGACGCCAAAUGAAAUCGGCCUUCAACAUGGAGAACAAGCUAAAGCCGAGAUCCACGGCAGUGUUGAAUUCUAUAAGAGCCUUUUCAAAAGAGACUGCUCGAUGGACUGGUCAGAAGUAUGCCAAACAGCAGGGAAAUUUUUUCCCUUACUUGAGGCGUCAUUCCCAGACUAUCUUCAAGAAAUCAAGGGCGUUGCAAAAGGUGCCGGUUUGGAUGUGGCAUCUAUACUUGCUCUGAACGUCCGAACUGAGAUCGCGUAUGGGAUGUUCAAUGAUGGGUGCACAGCCUUCUCCUGGAAGUCCGACAAGAAGAGCUUUCUAGCCCAGAAUUGGGAUUGGGACAAUGAGCAAGCGCCCAACCUGAUAUCCAUGCAUAUUCGUCCUUUGACGUCCUCAAAGCCUGCUAUCCACAUGAUUACUGAAGGAGGGAUUAUCGGAAAGAUUGGUCUAAACUCCAAAGGUGUGGGGGUUACGCUGAACGCCGUAAAAUGCGCCGGGGUCGACUUUAAGAAGACGCCGUGCCAUUUGGCUCUUCGAGCAGCUCUGGAUAGCAACUCACAUACUGAGGCGAUCGAGAAAAUCGAGAGGCUCGGUGUAGCAUCUGCAUGUCAUAUUCUGAUCGCAGACUCCACUGGUGCUGUUGGAUUGGAAUGUUCAUCCAACGAUAUCGUGCACUUACACAUGGGUGACGAAGGGGAGCCCUGGCCUGGAGUCAUCACCCAUUCAAACCAUUUCGUGCAAAAACACCUUAAUGCUGUUUCAAAGAUAUUUUUUCCCGACAGCGUUCCUCGGUUGGAUCGGAUUAGAGAAUUGAUAGGGAGAUCUAUGUCCGGCCCUGGGUUUGAUACUAUCGAUGGUAUCUUGAAAGAUGAAAAGGGAUACCCUGGAGCAAUCUGUCGUGCACCCACAGAGAAGAGUCGCACCGAGACUCUUUUCGCCAUUGUCAUGGAUUUGACGGAGGAGAAGGCCACAGUCAAGGUGGGAAGACCAACCAACCCAACAGGGGUUUUUGAGUUGCAUCCAUAG